AUGAGCUUAGAGAACGAGGAGAUGCGCGCUCGCACCAGAUCCAAGGCCCUGCGAGCACCCCUGGAGCCCACAGGUGCCGAGCUCAGCUGCCCCACGCCGGGAUGCUCGGGCUCGGGGCACAUCCGUGGCAAGUACUCCAGGCACCGGAGUUUACAGAGCUGCCCUCUGGCCAAGAAGAGGAAGCUGGAGGGCCCCGAGGCCCAGCACCUGGUGUCCAAGCGGAAGUCACCCCCUCUGAAGCUGGCUCUGGACGAGGGCUACGGCGUGGACAGCGAGGGCAGCGAGGACGCCGAGGUGAAGGAUGCCUCUGUUUCAGAGGAGUCGGAAGGAGCUCUGGAGGAGGCCGAGGCCGAGCUGGCAGGACAGGAGGGGGCUCGGCACCCCCCGCCCGCUGAAGGAAGGAGCCCCAUCCAGUCUCAGUUCAGUUCCAACCCCGCCGGCACCCCCAUAGGCUCCUCCAAAGGCAGCUACAGCAGCUUCCAGGAAGCCAUCGCCACUUCCCUCCUAGACCUGGGCCACGUCGCUGAGGAGCCCCUGGUCAGGGAGGGCUCCGGCCAGCAGGCCAAGCCGGGCCCUGGUGUCCUGCACCUGGUGCAGGAGGAGGCGGAAGGAGGGGCCGCCAGCGACAGAGGGGAGAAGGAGGUCUUUAUCCAGCCGGCGGACACCGAGGAGGUCAUUGAGGUCACCAGUGAGUACACUCAGGGGCCCGGCCCUCAGUUCCUGGAGGGCAUGGCCAGCGAGGCGCUCCACCAGCAAACAGUCUCUGGGGACCACGAGGAGAAAGAGGAGGAGGAAGCUGAAGAGGAGGAGGAAGAGGAAGAGGAGGAAGAAGAAGAGGAGGAGGAGGAGGAGACCGAGGAUGAGGAAGACGAAGAGGACGAGGAGGAGAUCACUCCUGAUGUGACCUGCCGGGAGGGCGCCCCUCGUUCCCCCCCAGAACAGGCCCCUGAACCCCACAGCCGCAAGCCCGAGUACUCUGUCCUGGUGGAGCUGCGGUCUGAUGACGGCAAGGAUGAGGACUCGAGCUCCCAGAAGUCCGAGGUCACGGAUGAGUCCGAGAUGCACGACAUGAUGACACGGGGGAACCUGGGCCUCCUGGAGCAGGCCAUCGCCCUGAAAGCUGAGCAGGUGCGGGCUGCGUGCGAGCCCGGGGAGCUGGGCCUGGGUGAGCCGGUGAAGGUGGCCAGGCCCCUGGAUGCCACGCGGAAGACCUACUGCAGCAAAGAUUCCUCAAGAGCAGAGAAACGUGAGAUCAAGUGCCCAACCCCCGGCUGUGAUGGCACCGGGCACGUGACAGGGCUGUACCCGCACCACCGCAGCCUGUCAGGGUGCCCCCACAAGGACAGGAUCCCUCCAGAGAUCUUGGCCAUGCACGAGAACGUGCUCAAGUGCCCCACCCCCGGCUGCACAGGCCAGGGCCACGUGAACAGCAACCGGAACACGCACAGGAGUUUGUCUGGGUGUCCCAUUGCUGCUGCAGAAAAGUUAGCCAAAUCUCACGAGAAGCAACAGCCGCAGACAGGAGAUCCUUCCAAGACUGACUCCAGCUCAGAGCGGAUCCUCAGACCCAUGUGCUUCGUGAAGCAGCUCGAGGUCCCUCCAUAUGGAAGCUACCGGCCCAGUGUGGCCCCUUCCACGCCCAGGGCCAACCUGGCGAAGGAGCUGGAGAAGUUCUCCAAGGUCACCUUUGACUACGCAAGUUUUGAUGCUCAGGUUUUUGGCAAACGCAUGCUUGCCCCAAAGAUUCAGACCAGCGAAACCUCACCUAAAGCCUUUAAAUCCAAACCUUUCCCAAAGGCCUCCUCCCCCAGCACAACUCCUGCUCUCCCUUCCUCUCCUGCGGCAGUGGCCAUCGAGGUGGAUGAGCAUGGGACCCUGGACCUGAGUAUGCGCAGGCACCGCAGGCGGGGCACGUUCCCCGGCAGUGGCGGCCCCGAGCCCGGGGUGAAGGCUCCCGAGGCCUCUCAGCGCCAGAGCAGCACCAGUGCCCCCGGAAGCUCCAUGACGCCCCAGUCCAGCCAGGCCUCCCACCAGGAUGAAUGGGACCGGCCUCUGGACUACACCAAGCCCAGCCGCCAGCGAGAGGAGGAGCCCGAGGAGUCAGAGCCAGCAGCCCAUUCUUUUGCUUCUUCUGAAGCAGAUGACCAGGAAGUGUCCGAAGAGAAUCUUGAGGAGCGGAAGUACCCCGGGGAUGUCACCCUGACCAACUUUAAGCUGAAGUUUCUCUCCAAGGACAUAAAGAAGGAGCUGCUCACCUGUCCCACCCCGGGCUGUGACGGCAGUGGCCACAUCACUGGGAACUAUGCCUCCCACCGCAGCCUCUCUGGUUGCCCUCUUGCUGACAAGAGCCUCAGAAACCUCAUGGCUGCCCAUUCUGCUGACCUCAAGUGCCCCACGCCCGGCUGUGAUGGCUCUGGCCACAUCACGGGGAACUACGCUUCGCACCGCAGCUUGUCAGGCUGCCCUCGUGCCAAGAAGAGUGGCACCAAGGUGACGCCGACCAAGGACGACAAAGAAGACCCCGAGCUGAUGAAGUGUCCAGUUCCAGGCUGUGUGGGGCUUGGCCACGUCAGCGGCAAGUACGCCUCCCACCGAAGCGCAUCGGGCUGCCCGCUGGCCGCCCGCAGGCAGAAGGAGGGCUCCCUCAAUGGCCCCUCGUUCUGGAAGUCGCCGAGGAACGAGGGGCCCACCUGCCCCACUCCGGGCUGCGACGGCUCUGGCCACGCCAACGGGGGCUUCCUCACCCACCGGAGCUUGUCCGGCUGUCCCAGAGCAACCUUUGCUGGAAAGAAGGGAAAACUCUCAGGGGAUGAUGUUCUCGGCACGAAGUUUAAGACGAGUGAUGUGCUGGAGAACGAUGAGGAGAUCAAGCAGCUGAACCAGGAGAUUCGAGACCUGAACGAGUCCAACUCAGAGAUGGAGGCCGCCAUGGUGCAGCUGCAGUCUCAGAUCUCCUCCAUGGAGAAGAGCCUGCGGACCAUCGAGCAGGAGAACAAGCUCAUCGAGGAGCAGAACGAAGCCCUGUUUCUGGAGCUGUCGGGCCUGAGCCAGGCCCUCAUCCAAAGUCUUGCCAACAUCCGCCUUCCACACAUGGAGCCAAUAUGUGAACAGAAUUUCGACGCCUACGUGAGCACCCUCACCGACAUGUGCUCCAGCCGGGAGAGCUACCAGAACCCCGAGCACAGGGCCCUCCUGGAGAGCAUCAAGCAGGCCGUGAGGGGCAUCCAGGUCUAGGCCCCCAGCUGGGCUCCAUGUUACCUCCCCCACACUGCCCUCCCGGAGGUUCCCAAGUCACAGUGACU